AUGGUAGCUGGAGGUGGUGGCAGCUGGUGCAAGUGGCCAUUUGAACACCGGAUCGGCCAGGAAGGCCCCCGUGACCGGACGUGCCCCGCGGAUGAAGCGGGGUUGGCGACGGAUGGCGUGACUGAGCGGAGGCGGUGUGGAGGUGGGCGCGGCAAGGAGGCGGAGGCGUCAGAGGAGGCGGAGGGCGGGGCGCGGGGCGGAGGCGGGGGCGGAGGCGGAAGCGGAACGGGAAGGCGGGGGGGAGACGGGAGGUGGGCGCGGAGACGAGGCGGGGCGGAGGCGGGGGCGGAGGUGGGGCGGAGGAGCUGCUGCUGGCUACUGGGGAGCGGACAACAGGGGUACACUGACAGUCAAGGACGUCAUUAUCCGAGACUCCCCGGGCCACUACUAGACUACUACAAUUCCGCAGAUGGAGAUGUAAGCAACCAGAUUUCCAGACAUCAUAAUCUUCCAGCUGUUCCAUACACAAGGCACAACAGGUGGCGCCACCGCCCCGCGUACAACGACAGGUCGGAGGAGGGCGUGGCGCGCGGGCGCGGCGGGCGCGGCGGGCGGCGGCGCGGUAACCGCGAUCCAGCGGCGGCGGCGCGCCGCGACCAGCGGCGGUGCGCGGCGAGCCCACCGGGGCGCCCUGGCGGGCGGCGGCGGCGCCAACGGGCCGUCGCCACUGGAGCGGCGGCGUCACAAGACGUGCAGUGGGGCGCCGUGAGUAUCCCGCACCGCGGGCGCCAGCGUCACUGCUGCUCCGUGCUCCGAGGGCAGCCGCAA